AUUUCCCCCUUCGCAAGCAAAGCAAGUCAAUCAAGACCAAAAACAAUGUGAGGGAAGCUUCUACAGGACAUCAUUUUUUUCAAACCUUUUGAUUGACCAUUUUUUGCUUGGAUCUGGUCUUCAAGAGGACCCCUCCGACAUUAAUUAGUAUAUAUAGCCAUUUCUCUCUCUUUCAAUCAAACCAAAAAUCAAGCUAAUCAAAAAUCAAAACUUCCCAAAAGCCAAAACCCAAAUUUCCCAUAUGCCGAAACUUCUGAUCUGUGGCGUCUCAAAUUUUCAGCUAGAAGAUCUAGAGGAUGAACUACCCAAGAGUGCUAGUGCAGGUUCUAGUCCUUGUUCAACACCAAGAAGAUCAAGAAAAUCCGGCUUCUGUAAGAGCCAUAACAACAAGGACAAGAACCCUUAUGCCAAUCGUGGGCUUGACAAGUUUUCUGCUCUUCUAGCUGAUCUUGAAGAGAAGAGGCAAAAGAUUUACGCGGAAACCGGCUCUCAAGACACAUCUUUAGUUGGCUUUGUGUACAAGAACUCCAACGAUUUAGUCCCGAUUGUGGUCAAGUUGAAGGACAACAAUAACACCAACAAAGACAACAAGAAGAAGGAAAGGAAACCCAAGAGAAGUUGUAGUACUAUCAAGAAUGAAGAUGUCAAAGAGAUUAAGCAGGCAACAAGUGACUCAGAAUCUCAAGACAAGUUUCCUAUUGAGACCUCUAUUGCUGUGACAGAAGUCAAGAAAGAAUCGAAACCGAAAUCGAAUAACAAGAAGAUGUUAAAGUGGAGCUCCUCGUGGAAUAUGAAGCUUGAUAUGUGGAAGAGGCCUUCAUUUUACUUGCCGGUUGUUGUGAUCUUGAUCUUGUUGGUGUUGACUGUGUUUGGUCGAUCGGUUGCAAUUCUGUGCACUUCUAUUAGUUGGUACCUUGUUCCGACGUUGCAAGAGAGCUCGGGAAGAACAAGAUUGUUGACAAAGAAGAAAGAUUAUGUCAAGAAAUUGAGUGAUAGGAGUAUCGUGGCCGAAGGGUUAGCGUCUUCUCCUAGGAUUAGCCACGCCGGAGGAUCCAAAGAGAAGUCUUCUCCACAACAUGGGCAUAAGAAAAGUUGGUGAAUUUUGUUGACUUUUUUUUAACUCUAUUUUCAUUCUUUUUUUUUUUUCUGGGUUUUAGAUUUAGGCUCUUUUGUGUAUAUUUUGUUUUUUCAUUUGUUGCAUGGGGUUGAGAUUGGAAAUCUGUUCUCUCUUUGACAUGUUCAUUAGUAUUGUAAAUAAUAUGCGUUUAGUCUUUGGAAAGUAACUCAUAUCCGAGUGAAAUUGUGUAGAUACUUUUUUAGACCCCAUGAUGUCUUUUUUGUUUAUGGCUUAAAGCAAUUGAAUUGUGAAGAAUCCACUCAAAGAUACGUGUGAUUCUGUAAUGAUCUUGAAAGUCUUAUUGAUUUUGUCGAUGUUGCUAUAUAAUAAUUGAACCUUUUAUGUAGAGGGA